UGGGGUCGGGUCGGCGGGAAAUCGAUUUCUCAGAAAAUGUCUAGCGAGUGUGGGCGGCGGGUGUGGAAGGCAAGCCCUCCGCUAGUCCGGAUUAGGCAGAGUGCAUGCGGCAGAAACCUCUGCACUCUCUGCAGGAGCGGGCGGUGAGCCAGGGCCCCUUCCCAUACCGACAAUUUCCAACGGGAGAUUGUGCGUCCGAUUUUCCGGGGCCAGACCCCCAGGGCCCACUGAUCGGUCUGCUUCCCAGCUCAGGGCCGGAGUCGGAUGUCACUAGACGUAAACAAACGAACAAGCAGCACGUAACUCCCUCUCUUGCUAAUCCCCAACCAUCUCUGUUCCAUCAAUGUAGUUCUACUGAGUACUCGUAAGACUGCCUACCUAUUAUGGGCAAACAGCGCUGGCGGUGGUCGCAUUUCGUCAUGCGCAUGGGCCACGUGCUGAUAAGAUAAAGCUUCGGAACAUGCUAGACCUCACCGAAAGUGCGAGAAUGUACUUGUGAAAUCUU